CCGGUUUCCCAAGACUCUUUCCGUUUUCCCCCACUGUUCCUCUUCCGUCUCUCUCUCUCUCUCCCUCACUCUCUCUCUCUCUCUCUCCGCCGCGCCGGGAACCUCCUCCGCCCCGCCGGAGCCGCCUCUCUCCGUCGUGCUCCGCCGCGUCGUCUCGGCCCCGCUCGUAGCCUCGCCAAUUCCGUCCCCGCGGUUCUCGGCGCCGGGACUCGGGAGCGACUCCUCGGAUCUCGCGCUUCGUCGGCGCCGGGAGGGUAAUGUGGGCCGCUCCUUGAUCUCCUCCUCCGCUUCCCGGCCGUCCGAUUCGCAAUUCGCGGAGGUCUCCUUGAUUCCGAGGUCGGUAUGUAAUGGUGGAAGGAAGGCCUUUCUUGUCUCAAGAGGUCAGGAAUGGGUUAGAAACUUUGAAACGCAGAAGGCUUCGGCAAUUGAAUUCUGGUUUUGCGGCUGAAGCAACUAAUAUGAUGGCUAGAAGUGGAGAAGAUGCUUUAAGAUCUUCUGCGUCUUGCGGAGCAAGAUUGCAUGGAAAUGCUCAGGCGUCCUCUCGAGGCGAUGGUCAUAAUUUUCCUAAGCAGAAGUUAAAAAAGUUUGAUAUGUCUAACCUAGAAUGGAUCGGGAAGAUACCAGACUGUCCUGUUUUCUGCCCCUCAAAGGAUGAGUUUGAGGAUCCUUUGAGUUAUAUCCAGGAAAUCGCUCCUGUUGCAUCAAACUAUGGUAUGUGUAAGAUCAUCUCCCCUAUAAGCGCCUCUGUACCUGCUGGUGUAGUGUUGAUGAAGGAGCAAGCUGGAUUUAAGUUUACUACUAGAGUGCAACCUCUCCGUCUUGCUGAGUGGGCUAUGGAUGACAUGGUCACCUUUUUCCUGAGUGGAAGAAAAUAUACUUUCCGAGACUUUGAGAAGAUGGCAAACAAAGUAUUUUCUCGAAGAUAUUCUAGUUCGGGCUGCCUCCCGGCUACCUAUUUGGAAGAAGAAUUUUGGCAUGAAAUUGCUUUUGGCAACACAGAGUUUGUUGAGUAUGCUUGUGAUAUUGAUGGCAGUGCAUUCUCGUCUUCUCCUAUGGAUCAACUUGGGAAAAGCAGAUGUAAUUUGAAGAGGUUUUCUCGGCUACCUAAAUCUACCUUGCGUCUUCUUCAAAGAGAAAUUCCAGGAGUAACUGAUCCGAUGCUUUAUAUUGGGAUGCUCUUUAGUAUGUUUGCCUGGCAUGUGGAAGAUCACUAUCUAUAUAGCAUUAAUUAUCAUCACUGUGGAGCAUUUAAAACAUGGUAUGGAAUUCCAGGCCAUGCAGCUCUAGCCUUUGAGAAGGUAGUUCAGGAACAUGUAUAUGAACGCGAAAUAUUACCUUGUGAAGGUGAGGAUGCAGCAUUUGAUGUACUUCUCGGGAAGACUACAAUGUUUCCCCCAAACAUUCUGUUAGAACAUGGUGUUCCAGUUUAUAAAGCUGUGCAAAAACCAGGGGAGUUUGUCAUCACUUUUCCUCGAGCUUAUCAUGCUGGCUUCAGUCAUGGAUUUAACUGUGGUGAGGCAGUGAAUUUUGCUAUUGGUGAUUGGUUUCCUCUAGGAGCUGUUGCUAGUGACCGCUAUGCACUUCUUAACAGGAUACCGCUGCUUUCUCAUGAGGAACUCCUUUGUAAGGAAGCAAUGAUUCUCUCUCAGAAGUCAUCAAAGCUUGAUUCUAAUGAUCCGUCUCUAUUAACUGAUAAUUUAUCCUCCCACCGUUCAAUCAAAGUUUCUUUUGUUCGCUUAAUGCGGUUGCAGCACCGUGCUAGGUGGUUGCUAACGAAAAUGGGCGCUCAUAUAUGCUAUACUGAUGAUGUUCAUUCAGCUGUACUAUGUAGCAUUUGUAGGCGUGACUGCUAUAUUGUUCAUAUGAAGUGUAACUGCUAUGAUGAUGCCAUUUGCCUUUAUCAUGAGCGAGAGCUUAGGAGCUGUUCCUGCGAUUAUAGUCGUAUUGUGUUUGUAAGGAGCAACAUUUUGGAACUAGAAUCUCUAUCUAAGAAGUUUGAGCUGGAAGAUGGCAUACUAGAGGAAGUUCAAAAGCAAGCAAGUCAAGGAAAUGGCUCAUGUCAACAGGCUAGCUUGUUCGAUUUUACUGAGAAUGAUGGAUACUAUCCAUAUUGUGAGAUGGAAACAGUAGCAACUGCUGGAGCUGAUAAUAUUUCUCAAAGAAUGUGCAUCAAAUAUGAUUUAGAAAAGCGGCCUCCCUUAGCGUUUCUAGAGCAAGAUGAGCAUGAUUCAUUCCAUAAUGAUGAUUAUGCAGAUUCUAGCAGGCAAGAGCUACAGCAUUCCGAUAGGGCAUCAGUAUGUACACAUGAGUCGGUGAAAAUAAAUUCGUCAGGCAAUCCCAUAAUUGUUGACCAAACUUGCUUUCAUGAUACUUGCGUAAUGCAAGAUAGUGAUUCUGACUCAGAAGUAUUUAUAGUUAAACGCAGAUCCAUCAUGAAUGCAGGCAGAAGAUCAGUGGAUGAUUCAAAAUUUCCUGAGAACCAGGUUCUGAAACGACUGAAGAAGGUCGAUCCGGAAGCAAGACGGGUCCAUAUGCCAUCAUCAGAAUUGAUCAAUUAUUUUGGGGAUACACAUAGUGGAGUGCUCCCAAUAUCCGUGAAGAAUAAGCAACAGUUGGAUGCAAAGCGUGCAAAAGAAGAUGAGACUCUGAAACUAAGCCUAAAUGCAAAUAGUGACAUUCUUCAAUUUAACUCAACGGAUAUACGUAGGGAAUCAUUAUCUAUUACGGAGCACGAGCGAAAGCGCUUGAGAUUCCGGGGGCCCUCCGUUCAAGUGGACGAUGACUGAAUCAUUGGGCAUGCCGACCGUCGCUAACCACAGAAAAUUGUUUUAACUACACUCUAACAAUAGUGGUACGCAGAAGAGGCUCAAAUUGACUGAUUAACUAAACUGAGUUCUGGAACAAAUUGAUUCUCCCAGUCGAUUUUUUUGUGCAGGCCUCAAAUUGAGGCGCUAGCAUGACUCCAUUCUUGUAGGUUAGCUUUCCACUCCUGAGAGAGGUCAGUCUCUGCUACCCACGCUUCCAAUUUAUUUAAUUCUUUGCACAGUUAGUCCUGUACUCUCAGCUGUUUAGAAUAACAAAUGUAAUUGAAAAUGUACAAUCUUGUUAGAUAUAUCUGCAUGAGCUGAUUACUUGUUAAGAUGUCUCUCUACAUGCCAUUAAAUGCUCUGCACCUGUAGAGACUGGAGAGUGCUUAUCUUUUACGAUUUUUUGGUUUGA